GUGUGAGAGCAGAGGAAGCUCCCAGCCAUCGUGUGCCCCGGAGCCGAGCCAUGCUGGGCCGGAGGAGCCGCCUGCCCCCCGAGCUGAGCGGCGCCCGGCAGAGGGAGCAGCCCUGCCCGGAGGCCGUGCCCCUGCGGGCCCGCGCAGCCAGGGACUCCAGGGACAGCAGGGACACGGAUGUCAGCCUCGAGGUGCUCAGCGGCCCCGAGAGCAAAGCCGGCCGCGGCCGCGCGCAGCAGAUGCGGGACAGGAAAGGGCGCAAGGCCGAGCUCAAAGACCCCAACGGCCGCGAGGCAGAGACCAUCACCUUCAUCUCUGGGACGGCAGAGGCUCCCCCAAACCAGGGCUUCUGCUGCUCCUCCCUGUCUCAGGCCUGGAACACGUACAAGGCCGUUUUCUGUUGCAUAGUGACGUGUGGGGGCUGCCUCCAGGACUGCAGUGUCUGCAUUCCCUACCCAGGGCCCGCUGAGGCCUCCACAGAUGAUGGCAAGAACGGAGACUACAAUGGGCGGCUGCCAAACAGCCCCACCAACACCUCUCCUGCUGAGAAGAACGGGAACCAGAUCAAAAAGUCCAGCAUGGGCAGCAGUUUCAGUUACCCAGACGUGAAGCUGAAGGGCAUCCCUGUCUAUCCAAACAGGAACACCAACCACCACGUGGAAUCUGAUUCCUGCUGCAAGGAGCUGCUGGAGAAGCCCUUCAGGAACAGCAUAGAAAAGCCAGCGCUCCCCAGCAGCCACCGGAGCUCAGAGGAGUAUUACUCCUUCCACGAGUCCGACGUGGACAUCAGCGAGCUGAACGGCUCCAUGUCCAGCAGGCAGAUCGACGUGCUGAUCUUCAAGAAGCUCACGGAGCUCUUCAGCGUCCACCAGAUCGACGAGCUGGCCAAGUGCACCUCGGACACCGUCUUCCUGGAGAAGACCAACAAGAUCUCGGACCUCAUCAACAGCAUCACUCAGGACUACAACCUGGACGAGCAGGACGCCGAGUGCCGGCUGGUGCGGGGCAUCAUCCGCAUCAGCACCCGCAAGAGCCGCGUGCGGCCCCACAUCUGCAGCCAGGGCCAGCAGGACGCGUCUGGCCGCGGCACCGCGCCCGACAGCGGCAAUGAGACCAUGCUGGAGUCCAUGGUCAUCAGCCAGGACGAGCUGGCCGUGCAGAUCUCGGAGGAGACCCCGGCGGAUGUGCUGGCCAGGAACAUGAGGCGGCACAGCAGCGCAGGCUCUCCAGCCAGCAGAGAUUCCUCUUUCCAGGACACAGAGACUGACUCCUCGGGGGCACCUCUGCUCCAGGUGUACUGUUAAAGGACCCGAGCAGCAGGAGGCAUUCCAGCCUGUGCUGCAGUCACAAUCCUCCUCCUUCCAUGUGGAGCGUCUUGUGCCAAGUUUAAUUUUUUUUUUUCUCAGUCUUCCCUGAUCCUUACUGAAGCCAGAUUCCUCCUGCUGUCUGAACUUCACUGGAUAUUUUGGUUUUUAUGGACAAUCAAGGAAGCAAACUGCAGAACUAAUGAACUUGGAGGUGGAAUGUGUGCCCAGGGAGGAGAAGAUGGACAAGGAAGUAGCAGAGAACUUGUGCCUCUGUGAUUCCUGUAAAUCACAGUUAGCUCCAGCAGCUCCAUGGCUCAGCCCUUUCCCUGCUUUG